CUGAAGGACUGAGUGAGUGAGUGUGACGCAGAGACCAAAAGACUUACAUAGAGCUUAUCAAAAAGAGAGAGCAGGCAAAGACAUGUGAGACUGACAACUUGCAGGGACAACCCAAAACUUGAGAUUCCUACUUUGUAUGGGAGGCCAGGAAAAGGACAGCAACCUGUGGAGAUCAUGGGAAGUCCCACCCAUCCAGUAUUCCUCAAUGUGAGUGAUGAAGGGAACGUCUCAUUGUCAGACCAUUCUGACAAUGAUGGUGGAUACAGUGAGGUAGAAAUGGUUCUACUGGGAAUGAUCAUGUCUUUGCUUGUCUUGACUAUUGUCUUUGGCAACAUCCUGGUCAUUACAGCCAUUGCCCGCUUCCAGCGUCUGCAAAACGUCACCAACUGUUUUGUUACAUCGCUGGCCUGUGCUGACCUGGUAAUGGGGCUCAUUGUAGUUCCUUUUGGAGCCUGUUACAUUAUCUUCAAUACUUGGCACUUUGGCAACUUCUGGUGUGAGUUCUGGACUGCUACGGAUGUGAUGUGUGUAACAGCUAGCAUAGAGACCCUGUGUGUCAUAGCUCUAGACCGCUAUUUGGCCAUCACUUCACCCUUCCGUUAUCAAUCUAUGCUGACCAAGGGCAAGGCUCGCAUUGUGGUUGUGCUGGUGUGGUUAAUUGCUGCCCUGAUUUCCUUCCUGCCCAUUCACAUGAAGUGGUGGACGUCGGACGAUAUUGAGGCUAAGCGUUGCAUUGAAAACAGUAAUUGCUGUGAUUUCAACACCAACAUGGCGUAUGCCAUCACCUCCUCCAUCAUCUCCUUCUACAUCCCUCUGGUCAUCAUGGUCUUUGUCUACAGUCGCGUGUUUCAGGAGGCCAGGCGCCAGCUGCGGAAGAUCGUCCAAAGUGAGGGCCGUUUCCGCAACAGUCAAAGCAACAACCCGGGAUCUCUGGAAGCCAAUGAUGGGCGCAGCACCAAGAGAGCAAAGUUCUGCUUGCGGGAGCACAAGGCCCUGAAGACACUGGGCAUCAUCAUGGGCAUCUUCACUCUGUGCUGGCUUCCCUUCUUCCUGCUCAAUGUGGUGGUGGCCAUAUGGAAGGUGGGUGACAUCAACCUCAUCUUCAGGAUACUCAACUGGGUAGGCUAUGCUAAUUCAGCCUUCAAUCCACUCAUUUACUGCCGGAGCCCUGAGUUCAGACAUGCCUUCAAGGAGAUCCUUUGUAUGAAGAGGAACCGCUUUCCCAAUCUGACACCCAGCAAUGGAUACAUCUACAGUGGACACAGCUGGCAAAGCGGACAGCAGGGGAGGAGCAAGGACAGUUCAGAAGAGAGUGACCCCAAUGAAGGGAGUCUAGAGAAAGGAGGGGUGAGUUCUGAGAUUGCAGACAGAACAACAGACACUAAUGGGAACUGCAGCAAAACCCUAACAACUGCCCUUUAACCUCUGAACCCUGAACACUAUGUCCAAAGAACAACACAGAGAUGUUUACACUGCAGUCAAUGACUCUUUCCAAUUGACUGAUGAAGAUAAGCCCAGUCAGCAUUGCUGGUGGAGUCUCUGGAGACUGGUCCAAGGGUACAGUAAUGAAACACAUAUUGAGCAGAAAAGAAGGUUCACAAUUUGUUUCAACAUCAAAACAUAAAUACUGUAGGUAGAUCACUUUUCCUUUUAUUUUUAUCAUGCUGAUUUUGCUUCUACCUCACCGUAUUUUUACAGUAUUUAUUUUUUACUCUGUUCUCUAAAUAAUGACAUAUUGACUCACUGUUGACAGUAAGUACACUGGGGCAGUAUCUUUGUAGUAUAUUAUGAGGUGGCCUGUGUAUUAUUGUGAACAGGCAGGCUCUAAAGGAAUGUGUCUGUGGAUCCUUUUUCAUAUUUUCCCUGACAAUAUUUAAUGAAAAAAAAAGUUGCUG